AUGCGUCGACAAGCUGGUCAAGAAGAAUAUCCGGAUCCUGCUGUCCAAGAGGAAUAUCCGGAUACUGCUGUCCAAGAGGAAUAUCCUAGAUUCCGCUGGGCAGAAGAUGGUUCAGCUACAUUCUUAUGCCAAAGCCAUUUUGAAAAUGAUUCAGAAGCAGUUCAGGAAGUCUUUAACAAUGCGGAAUUAUAUCCACUAAUUGAGCAUAUUAAUGAAGCUUAA